AUGGAUACCUUCGCCGUUACGGAGGGACUUAUUCCCGAGCACGCCCAGCAACCUGCGGACCAACAAGGCCCCAAGUCGGAGAGGCAGUCAGAGGAGGCCAAUAAGUUCCAACGGGCUAUUUCAGUAUGGAGAGCUAUCGACUUGGCCAACACCAUACCGAAACUGGACAGCACCGCCUCAGACAUCGUAGCUGGCCAGCGUGAUGCGGUGGUGCAGAGAAAAGAUCUUGCCCAGAAGACGAAAGAGUUCAGGAAACUUGACGAUAAUGCCAAGUUAACAGAAUACAAGGGCUUGUUGAAAGCCUAUCAGGGAUUCAUUGACCUGCUUACGAACCAGGGGAAGGCAUCCUCGUCCGCGUUUCUACAGCUGUAUUCAUCGCUGUCCGAAGCUCCCGAUCCUUAUCCCCUUCUGGAGGCCUCGGUCGAUUCGCUGGUCCUCUCGGAAGACACUGUCCCAAAGUUGACUUCGGAGAAGGAGCAUCUACAGAAAUCAGUCAACAGACUCACAGGUCAACUGGAAGAUACAGAGAAGAAGCUUGAGGAAGAACGAUCGGCCCGGAAGAAGUUGGAAGAAAGUCAAGAAACCAGAAUCAAAGAAGUGGAGGCAUCUUGGUCAGCCGUACUGGCAGAAAAGUCGAACAAUUGGGAGGCAAAGGAAAAGAGUUUAGAGGAUAAAGUUGAGAAUCAGGAGCGCCUACUGAAGGAGAUCAAGGCCAGCUACGAGGUGUCUCAGAGACUGGGCCACGAUGACCAAGGCGAGGGUGCCCCCAACGCGGCUACAGCGGCGGAGUUGGAGCUUGUUAGCUCAGAAUUAGAGAAGACCAGCUUGCGGCUAGCCGAAGUUGAAGCACGAAACGAACAGUUGAGACUUGAACUAGCCCAGGCCGUCUCUCACUCCCAAUCAGAACAGAAAACGCCCGUUGAAGAUGACCCAGCAUAUUUGCGACUACAAUCCGAAAACUCGUCUUUGUUACGGAAGCUUGAUGCGGCGAGAUUUGACCGUGACUCGGAGCGGCACUCAUGGGAAGCUAAGCUCCGGCAGUCCGAGAGAACGAGCGCAAAAAUCACUGCUGAAAGGGAUGAACUGCGGUCGAAGUUGGACAAGUAUGCAGACUAUGAUGAUAUCCGGAGGGAACUCGAAGUUAUGAAAGCUGUCGAAUUCGCUGCUGGUGAUGACGACGAUACUGGGGACACGGCUGUAGAGAACGGCGGCGAGGCGACUGCAAAUGGUGCCUCGUCGAAGUCUAAAGAGAAUUCUCUCGAGCAGCUACUUCUCUCCAGAAACAAGAAGCUUAAUGAUGAGCUUACUCUCCUUCGAGUCUCCCACAGAGAUCUGCAGGGACAACUAGAGGCUCUUCGAGAAGAGCUUACGAAGACCACGGCGGAGCUUGAACAGUCGCAAGGCCUCGCCACGAAGCUGGAGAACGACUUGUUGCAGAUGCAGCAGGAGAGUGCUAACGCUUUCCCAUCGACCGCGAUGUCCGUCGCGGGAACCUACACCUCCAGGUACCACCAAUCGCGUCGGGGAGCAAGUUCACCGACUUCCUCAAUCAUUUCUGGCUUCGACCAGAGCGCUGCCUCUGCCAACACAAUGGAUGCUAUUCGGGCAGGAGAAGCAGUUGGAGGCGGAUCCGGUAUCCUCCCAAUGGUCCAGGCGCAGCGUGAUCGCUUCAAGAAGAAGAACGCGGAGCUUGAGGAGGAACUCUCCAAGACGUAUGCCACCGUCAAAUCACUUAGGCAGGAAGUGGCUUCGCUCCAGAAGGACAAUCUCAACCUGUAUGAGAAGACGCGCUACGUUUCCACGUACAGUCGUAGCCAAGGGGCGUCCACUUCAGGGUCUGCUUAUGCCAAUAAGCCGAGCUCGACUUCAGUUCAUCUCUCGGCAGACACACCUUCUGGUUUGUCUCUUGAUCGGUACCAAUCUGCAUAUGAAGCGCAGCUAUCGCCCUUUGCAGCUUUCCGAGGUCGGGAAGCUGCACGUGCAUAUAAGCGCAUGAGUCUUCCAGAACGUAUCGUCUUUUCUAUCACACGCAUAGUGCUUGCCAAUCGGACGAGCCGAAAUAUCUUCGCUGCCUACUGUUUCGCGUUGCAUGUUCUCAUAUUUCUCAUGCUGUACAUGAUGAGCACCACUGAGAUAGAAAAGCAUAGCAGUGCAGCUCUAGGUGCUCUGAAUGGAGCGGCCGCUGGCGCUGGCGCUGCCGGCGGAGGAAGUUCGGGACAACUGAACCGAGAUGAUUGGCAGCAGGAAGGGUUUAACCACGCCUCUUAG